AUGUUCUACACUUUACCAUUACUGCGACUAAGCACAGUCAUUCAUCUUCACAUUCCAUUGUCUUUGCUGUUUAGUCUUUACCAAGAACAUGGCUGAAAUUGGCUAUGGCAUCGCAGUGAAGGUCCUGGAGCUGCUUGGAUCCCGUACUUUCCAAGAGAUCAGCUCGGCAUGGGGCUUCAAAGGUGAUCUGAAAAAGAUUGGGCGCAGAGUCUUAGCCAUUAAAGCCGUACUGAUUGAUGCUGAGGAGAAGCAAGCAAGUAACGAGAGGCUAAGGACUUGGCUAAGGGAGCUUAAAGAUGUCCUUAUUGAUGCCGAGAAUGUGUUGGAUGAAUUUCAGUAUCGAGUAUUGCAGAAGGAUGUAAUGAAGAUAAACGGGAGCUCUCGCAAAAAGGUGCAAUUUUUCUUUUCUGGUUCUAAUCCACUUUUAUUUCGUUUUAAAAUGGCAAAUAAAAUCAAGGGUGGUAGGGAGAGGUUAGAUGAUAUUUCAGCUCUUAAGGAUGAAUUCAAUCUUGCUGCACAACUUGAAGAUAGGAACCCAACAAUGAACAGGAGGGACAUGACCCACUCCUUCGUUGAUCCUUCUAAUGUCAUCGGUAGGGGUGAUGACAAAGAAAAGAUCAUGGAUCUUUUGAUGCAGCUAGAUGCUAGCAGAAAUGUCAGUGUAAUUCCUAUAGUUGGGAUUGGAGGUUUGGGGAAGACCACACUUGCCAAGUUGGUGUAUAACGAUGAACAGAUAGUUAGCCAUUUUCAACAAUUGAGGAUGUGGGUGUGUGUGUCUGAGGAUUUUGAUGUUACAAGGUUGAUAAAAGAAAUCCUUAAAUCUGCAAAAGUUCCAGUUGAUGAAAACUUGGGUAUUGAUCAAUGGCAAAAUAGCUUAAGAGAACUUUUAAAAGAUAAGAAAUUUCUACUUGUCUUGGAUGAUGUUUGGAAUGAUGAUCGUAAUAAAUGGAUGGAAUUGGAAGAUUUGUUACUUGGUGGUUGCAAUGGAAGUAAAAUUAUAGUGACAACACGAAACAGCUCGGUUGCUACUAUUAUGGGUACUGCUUCUCCAUACAAUCUUAAAGGUCUACUCGAAGAGAAUUGUAUGUCUUUGUUUGUGAAAUUGGCAUUUAAGAAAGGAGAAGAAGAACAAUAUCCAAACCUCUUAAAUAUUGGAAGAGAAAUUGUCAACAAAUGUAAAGGGGUUCCAUUGGCAGUGAGAACUUUAGCUGGCCUACUUUAUUCAAGAGUUGAUGAACAUGAAUGGAAAUCUAUUAGAGAUAACGAGAUAUGGAAUUUAGAACAAAAGGAAGGUGACAUCUUACCCGCAUUGAAGCUCAGUUACAAUCAAUUGCCAUUUCACUUGAAGCAAUGUUUUGCAUAUUUUUCUGUUUUUCCAAAGGAUUACGAAUUCAAUAAUGUUCAAUUGAUUCAAUUUUGGUUGGCACAUGGAAUUCUUCAAUCACCUAAGGAUGAAAAUAUAGAGUUGGAAGAUGUUGGUGACUUGUAUAUCAAAGAGCUAUUGUCGAGAUCUUUCUUUCAAGAUGUUAACCAAGAAUAUAUCUGGUGUUAUGAGUUUAAAAUGCAUGAUCUGGUCAAUGAUCUUGCACUCCUAAGCAACAAAGGUGAGUUUUCAGUAGUGACCAAGAAGUCUACCCUUACUGCAGAAGUUUGUCAUCUGUCAUUUUUGGAGAAUGGGCAAGAAGUUACAGCACAAUUAGAGAAGUUGAGCAAAGUCCAGACUAUUAUUUUCAAAACAGAGCAACCUACGUCCUUACUUGAAGCAUGUAUUGCAAGAUUUAAGUACUUGCGGGUGCUUGAUCUGAGCAAUUCAUCCUUUGAGCUGUUGCCAAGUUCCAUCGGAAGUUUGAAACAUUUGAGAUAUCUUGACCUAUCAAAUAAUCGCAUAAUCAAGCAACUUCCGGAUUCCAUUUGCAAGCUGCACAGUUUGCAAACUUUAUUGCUUAGUGGUUGUAGCAAUCUUGAACGGUUGCCCAAAGGUAUAAGGGACAUAAUCAGCCUCAGGCAUUUGAGAGUUACAACAAAGCAUACCUGCUUGUUGGAGAAGGCAGUAGGUUGCUUGGAUUCUCUUCAAUCUUUGCUGAUAGGUGAAUGUGAGAAUCUAAAAUGUGUGUUUGAAGGGAUGGAGGAGGGGCGCCUCACCAAUCUUCAAAGAUUGGGUGUUGUAGAAUGUCCAAGUUUGACCUUUGUCACUCAGUAUCAAACACCUAACUGCCCUAGAGGACUUGAUAAUUGGGGAUUGUGAAGGGCUUAGUUUGACGGAUAAAGAAGAGAAUCAAGAUCUCAAGUUAAGCCUCCGAUGGUUGAUGAUUAAGAAGUUACCUAAGUUGGAGGUUUUGCCCCAGUGGCUCCAAGUAUCUGCCAACACUUUACAGUUCCUAGAGAUUGAAGAUUGUUGUAAUUUCACAGCUUUGCCUGAGUGGCUGCCACAUCUGAAAUCACUUCAGACACUUAGAAUUAAAGAUUGCCCAGUGUUCUCAUCUCUCCCGAAGGGGAUGCAAGAUCUCACUGCACUAAGAGAAAUUCAGAUUCGGAAUUGUGAAGAGCUUAGUUUGACUAAUAAAGAAGAGAAUCAAGCUAUCAAGUUAAGCCUCCGAUGGUUGACGAUUGAGAAGUUACCUAAGUUGGAGGUUUUGCCCCAGUGGCUCCAAGUAUCUGCCAACACUUUACAGCACCUAGAGAUUGCAGAUUGUUGUAAUUUCACCGCUUUGCCUGAGUGGCUUCCACAUCUGAAAUCACUCCAGACACUUAGAAUUAAAUAUUGCCCUGUGUUCUCAUCUCUCCCAGAAGGGAUGCAAGAUCUCACUACACUAAGAGAAUUUCAGAUUGAAGAUUGUCCUAAGUUGAGUAGAAAGUGCAGAGAAGAAGUUAGGCACAAGAUUGACCAUGUACCAAACAUUGAUUUCGAUUAGUAUUUCGAUGAGGAUAGCGGACGUUCAUCAUGGAGAGAUGACGACAUCAACGUAUAUCUACCAGGAGAAGAUGAUGAGAACUUGCACAGAUGAAAUUGAAUAAGCUUGUGGAAUAUAAUUUGGACAUCAACAAAGAAUCUAUGGAUGAUAAUCGUGGUCAUAGUCAGGAUUAGUUCAUUGUUUACUCAAAUUUUUUCAAUAUUGACACUUAGUAUUUGGCGAGUUCCAAGGAUAUUAUAUUUUUGUUGAACUAUGUUAUUUUAUUUUUGUUAAACUUUGUUAUUUUGAAUUUGGGUUGAAGUGUAUGCACUUCUUUUGGAGUGUAAAAAACUUAUUUCUAGAUGAAUGUUAUAUUUUUGUUGAACUAUAUUAUUUUGAAUGUGGGUUGAAGACUUGAUGUGUAUGCAUUGCUUUUUGGGGUGUAAAAAAAAUUAUUUCUAGAUGGAUGUUAUAUUUAAUAUUAUGCAGGUUGAAAUGGGUUGUGUUACAUUCGUGUCAACCCAACACGACUCGUUUAUUAAGUGUGUCAAAUGGGUUGGGUCAGGUUAACACGCCUUAUUAACAAGUCGGGUUAGGGUUGAAGGAUCAUGACACGAUUAUUAAAUGGGUCGGGUUAAGGUUGAGUCAUUUAGUCGAAUACCCCUACCUCAACACGACACGAACCCGACACGCUAACCCGAAUUGACACCCCUAGUCUCUAUCUCUACUCUCUCUGCUGAUUUAAAUUAAUCCUAAAGCUGGUUAUGAUUCUUAAUGAACCCAAACCCCCUUUUUCUUUUCUUUUUUUUCCUUUUUUAAUUAAAAAAGUCAAAGCCCUCUUUGUCCAAAUUAUAUUUAAAGUAAAUCCAAAAAUAUCUUUUUACUUGAAAUUGAAUUUCCAAAAGUAAAGUGGUCUUCUAAAUCUUUAUUUUUUGCCCACUCCUUCGGACCUUCCUCAGCAAAAGAAGAAGAAAAAAAAAAGCGGAGAAGAAGAAAUUAAUCCUAUUUAAUUAUUGAAGAAUUUUAUCUUGUCUUUGUAACAUUGUGUUUCUAAGCAAGGUAUUGGCACCCAAAAACUUGAAUGAACAUAAUAAGUUUUUAUCUAUUUA